CCAAAACUGAGAGAAAUGUGCUGCAACUCCUAUGGCUUAAUCCCGAUCUCUUCCCCACCACCCCCCUCUAUCUCCCCCUCCUCCCUACACCCCCGUAUAUAUUUCCCAAACUACCCCUCAAAUUUCCAAGUUUUGGGAACCAAAUUUGGUUCCUUGAAAGCAAAAUCGAAGCUUAACGACGUCGUUUCGUAUGCUGAGAUUGAUAAUAGGAGUUUUUACGAUCUGCUUGGUAUAUCGGAAACAGGGACUUUAUUGGAAAUUAAACAAGCGUACAAGCAAUUAGCACGAAAGUACCACCCGGAUGUUUCACCUCCGGAUCGGGUCGAGGAGUAUACGCAGAGAUUUAUUCGGGUUCAGGAGGCGUAUGAGACUUUAUCGGAUCCUAGAAUGAGAGAUAUGUAUGAUAAAGAUAUGGCUAAAGGUCUUCACUUUGCGUUCUCUGCUCGUAGGCGUUACCAAAGCGAUGAGUCAAUGGAGGAUAAAGGCGAGUGGAGAAAUCGUUGGCAGUCUCAGCUAUCAGAGCUCAAGAGAAGAAGCAUGCACAAGGACUCUAGUAAUAGUAUGUCAUGGGGAGCACGAAUGCGCAGGCAAAGGAACGAAGCUUCAUCUUAAUCGAUAAUAAUCAAUACGUUUUCCUAUUAUUUUGUAUAUAUGGGAUCUUUUUCUCCUUUUUCCUCUCGUUUUAGUGCUAACCAUAUAUGAAAAUGCACCUAAAUAGACAGUGCAUUUUGUACAUAGUAAUGUGAAAUUGUGAAUCAAGAAUUCCAUCUCCAGUAAUAUACUCCUGCUUCAGAAAAGGCAGUGUUUUAUUCAUGUUAA